AUGACUGAUCCUGUACAACAAUCAACCGACAUAUCGGUGUCUUCUGAAAAUACAACGACUGUACCUAACGAUGAAAAUCAAUCAUCUGAAAAACGUAAGGAAAAUGAAUCAACUCCGUCUGAACAAAGUUCAACACGUCGGGUAACAAUGCCGCAAGAUAUUCGAUAUGCAACGGAUCAAAAUGAUCGUGAUAGAUUAAUAAAAAAAUAUAAUAACUAUCAAGUAUCAGAUGUCAAUGCUUGCAACAUACGAUUUUUAACAGAUAAUCGACAAAGAAAAAAUUUAUUCGGCCGAAAUGAAGAGGAACAUUCAAAUUUACAUUCAUUUGCUAAAGCGUUUAACGUAAACGUAUUUCCUGGUUAUCAACAACCGACAAAACAUUCAUAUAAGAUCUUUGGUACAGAAAGUAAUGUACGCACAUGUCUAAUUGAAUCAAUGAAUCGAAUGUUUAAACGAUCAAAUCGAUCAACGCAACGUGAUCAUAAUGAACAUGACAAUCAACAAUUAACAUCUAAUAUUGAACAGACUCAGGAAACAGAAGUCUUAUCGAACAAAGAAGUUAUUGAUACAUCUUCUCCGUCAGAGUCAACAUUAGUGGCGACAGUAAAUCUUGAUUCAUCCAUUACGGAAGAACAAAAAUCAGUUACAUCGAAUACUGAACAAAGUCAAGCAAUAGAAGUUUCAACUGAGAGUAAGAAACAUGAUGAAAAAUCUUCUCAAGAUUCAACAUCAAUCAAUCCUGAUUCAUCAAUAAAUCACGAAAAACCUAAUGAUACCGAACAUGAACAAUUAGCAUUUAAACCACUUGAACGUAAACAUCAAUUUACCUUUAUUAUGCUUAUUUCGAAUCAAGGACAAGAAGUUCUUAAAAAAAAUUGGAAUUUCUUUGCUGGAUCAUUGCAGCAACGUUUGAAUGUUGUCGUUCUAAAUCCUGUUAAAUUACCUAAAUUUGGUGAUAAGCAAGUUCACAAUGAACUUUCAAUAACUGGUGAAUUAACUGAAGAUUUAACUGAUGCUUGUCUACAAAUAGCUGCUUUUAUCAAUGAUGUGCUCGGUGUACCAACUCAACUAUAUAAAGCUGAUGGUGAAUCCGCUAGUAAGGACAAUGAUUAUUAUCAACGUCCAAAAAAUGAUAAUCAGGCAUAUCGAUCAUCACCACCUAAUUAUCAAGGACGAUCGCCUUACAACAAUUAUCAUGGGCGUACUUUUGUCAAUCGUAAUCGUAAUGAUAUCUUAGAACAAGUUAUUCUUAUACGAAGUGAUUGUGUUUCACGUAUUAUUGGUACACGAGGUUCGAAUUUAAAACGUAUUCAAACAAAAUGCCAUUUACGUGAUAUGAUUGUUGGUCGACAAGCAAAUGAAAAUGGUUAUAUUGAAUGUAUAUUAUCUGCUUACCAAACACGAAAUCUUCAUUUUGCUAUUGAUACAGUACGUAGUUUCUUACGAAAUGAAGAUGAUAGUGCUGUACUAGUGCCUGAUUCAAAUCAAGGUGAUAAUACAGUACAAGAUUCGCCUCAUUUACACGAAUUGGCUCCUCCUCAUAUUGAUUCUUCAACAACAACAUCUCAAUUAAGUCGAUCAAACAAAGAAACAGGUUUCACUACAAAAUCGUUGAAUCUUGGCAAUAAUAAUUCUUAUCCACAACCAUCAUAUAAUUUUCAAAAUCCACCAUCGUUUGAUUUUACUCAUCAAGCAACAACAGCUUCGCGUAAAACAGAUAAACGUCGAGGAGAAUUACAUGAUCAUAAUAAAACACCGAGUGAAUCUCAAAAUCAGCCAUAUGAUAGUUUUUCAUCAUCACAUUAUUCAUCGAAUUCCCCGAGACAUAAAUCAAAACGAUCAUGUCCUGAAACAAAAGAAAUUAAUUGUACAACAGAUGAGGGAUUUUGGAUUCAAAAACAAUAUUAUCAUGCACUAGAUGAUGCAUCAAAGCAAUUAUUUGAUUCAUUAAUUGAUAAAUUAGACAAAAUUCGUAUUGCAAACGAAGAAAAUGCUGCAAGAAAACAGCAACGUCUUGUUGGAAGAAAUCGAUCGAAUAAAACAAGAGUUCAUACAUCUUCUAUUUCAUAUUUAAACGAUGAUAGUAAUCACAAGGAAAAAGAUUUGAUUGUCAAACCAUUACAAAUCGAAAAUACUAUUAAAUUCGAUCAGUCAACUGAUGUAAAUGAAGAGAAAGAAAAUAAACAAGAAACAUCAACAGUCAUUAUUAAUCAAGAUUAA